AUGGGGAAUGACUUUGUGAGCAGUAGUGGUGACCAGAGCUGUAACGAGGGCGGGGUCUGGAGGAACAGCUGGACCGUGAUCGCAAAAGCUGCCGGAACCAAGGUCCUGCGGGAGUCCAGUGAACCUCGGUCAGAUAUUGGAACUGGACCAGAUCGGAAGUUCCGUCAGUGUUUUCAGACACCAAGGUGUAAACGGCUGCUCGGGGCGUUCUUCGACUUUCAAAAUUGCAGGCGGGAGCAGCACAAGAUGAGCAGAGCUCUGGGAAAGGUGCUAUAUCUGCGGAAUGAUACCAUUUUAAAACAAGCCUUUUCCCUCUUAAGAAUUUCAGGAGACAAUCCCAUCUGUUCUGCAGGUGGGAUUCUACUGAGUACCAGUCGGCAAUAUAGGUCAAAACCCACUCAUGGCAUUGGAAGAUACAAGCACCUAAUUAAGGAACAAGAGCCCAAGAAGAAGAGGGGAAAAGUGGAAGUGAGACCCAUUAAUUUGGGGACCGAUUAUGAAUAUGGGGUUUUAAAUGUUCACCUGACUGCAUAUGAUAUGGCCUUGGCAGAGAGUUAUGCCCAGUAUGUUCACAACCUCUGCAACCGUCUCUCCAUUAAAGUUGAGGAAAGUUAUGCUAUGCCCACGAAAACCAUGGAGGUGUUAAGACUGCCGGACCAAGGCAACAAAAUGUUCCUGGACUCAGUUCUUACCACCCAUGAGCGAGUGAUUCAGAUAAGUGGUUUGAGUGCUACGUUUGCAGAGAUUUUCUUGGAAAUAAUCCAAAAUAAUCUUCCUGAAGGUGUCAGAUUGUCAGUGAAGGAGCACACCGAAGAAGACUUCAAAGGAAGGUUCAAAGCUCGGCCAGAACUGGAGGAACUGUUGGCCAAGUUGAACUAGCUCAUUGCAAAUCUUUUCAUGACAGUACUGGUGAUACUGAGUGCCAAGGGGAGGAGUUUCUUGGCUGGUCAAAUUUGAGCAGGAGACCUUGACCCUUAGUUAUCCUAAGUACUCAUCCCCACAUUCUAGAAUGACUCCUCUCUUUUGUGGAGGAGUGCUUGCCAGUUGUCACCACAUUCUUUUUAACCAACCGUAGGUAUCAUCCAUCUAAUAAAAAUGUACAGAUGAUGGGGGUGUGUGUUUGUGAGAAAUCCACCUGUCCUGUGGAGUAUCUUUAACUAAUAGAUUGUGUUUUCUUUUUACUUGGUGCUUUAGCACAGAAAACUUUUCCUCCUCAAUAUUUCUCCAAGUACAGUGAACUCAUCCAUUAAAGCAAUCUGGUACAUAGUCAUUUAGUGAAGCAGAGGAUUAUAACAUAAAUAAAUUCUAUGGGUAGAAGGUAUGAGGGUGUAUGUGGAGAUAUUUACUUUAUUUAAGAAGAAAGUGUAGAUAAAAUCAGGAUCUGUCAUUGUGUAGUUGAUAGUGUCCUACAGCUGUUUCUAGAGGGGUCUUGGGUGCUGAGGCUUUUUACCACACCAACCAGCAAGCUGCAGAUACCAGCAGGGGGUGUGAGAAAUUUAACUCAAAUUCUGACACUUUGUACCUGGAGAUUGUGUCAGAGUCCACAAGUUAAGGGCUCAGUCUCCUAAGACUGCCUGCCCCUACAGGAGUCUGAUGCAAGCUCCUGCUUCCAACCCACCAACCAGGUAUGGAUCAGAGGUCACCACAAUGCCAAGGUGUCAGACUUCAGGUAUCUGUCUCAAGCCCCAGAUUAUUGUCUGUGCUUAUGACCAACGGCUGUACAAGAGUCCCAGGAUAUCCACCUCACGUUCACUUAAUUUGCUAGAUGGACACAGAACUCAGGAAACCCAUUUACUUAUUAGAUCCCAAAUUUAUUACAAAGGUUAGUUACUGAAAAAUACGAAUUAAAGAUGUAAGAGAUGCAUAGGGCAAGGUCGGGGAAAAGCCAUCUUCAUGUGUUCAGCAACCUGAAAGCUCUUUGAAGCCUCUUUUUCCUGGGCUUUUAUGGAGGCUUCACUACAUAGGCAUGAAUGAUUAAAUCAUUUGCCAUAGGUAAUUGAACACCUCUAAUCCCUGUUUCCUCUCAGGAAAUCAAAGAGUGGAUUGAAAAUCCCACCUUCCUUUCCUUGGUUUCCCUAGCUCCUCCCUCCUUUUGGUGUUUUCCAAAAGUUACCUUCAUUAACAUAACAAGAGACACCUUUAACAGUCAACUCUUAAGACCUUAUAAGUGAAGCUCUGUGAACGAAAUCCCAAAUGCCUUGUGUUUUAAAAUUUAUUGAUUUUUGAGAUUCACAUACAACAAAAUUAAGCAUUUUAAAGCAAAAAAUUCAGUGGUAUUUAAUACACUGACAAUGUUGUACAACUGAUAACAAGUCCCUACCCGAAGGAAGGAGUGGAUCCUUUGCCCUCUAGGGAAAGAACUCACCUGAGAGCUCUAGGUGUAGUUGAAUCAAGCAAGGAUUUAUUAGAGACUCAUGCAUGAGGGAACCAGUGCAGGAAAGCAGAAUUAGCCUGGCUCCUGAACAGGAUUUAGGAGAUAUUUAAAGGGUAGAUCCACAAGACAGAAUGGAGGGGAGCAGCAUUGUUUGUUCUGGGUUGGGCUAUGCCAGGAGUUAGACUCCAAUUGUGCAUGUCAGUUCUCCGCCUUCUCCCACUAGGAACUUGUGAGAUAGUCAUUUUUCUAGUUUAAUACCAUAUGUUCAAUGUGGUGGGCCAAAAUUGGACAUGGCUCGUGAGUCCAUGAUUUAGUUCAUCUGUUCAAAUAGUACUAAAUUUCCUUUUUUUUUUUCUUUUUAAAGAUUUAUUUAUAUUUAUUUAUACACGAACCGGGGUACGGCCAGAUGCACGGGAGGGUAAGAGGAUUCACCAGAGACAGAGCGGAGAACAGAACACGCAGACUGACGAAAUAACACUGCUGAGGGAGCAGGGGGCACGACAGGAGAGGUCUGGCGCACCACGUGGGACCCUCGCCUGCUGGCCGGGACCAAACCAGCACUGCUAAGGCUGCGUACAGCUUCAUAGCACUGCGCUCAACUGCCUGCGCCGCUAGGGGAGGCCCAUGUACUAAAUUUCUUUUACCUAAGCUAUCUCACAACUACCACCUCCUUUUGGUUCCAAAAUCGCAUCCCGGGUUUAUAAAUAAAGGUUUAUUAGAACAGAACCGUGCUCAUUCACUUACAUAUUGUCUGUGGCUGCUUUCACACUACAAUGCUAAAACACUGAUUUUGUGGGCCUUUAUGAACAUAGUUUGUCAAACCCUAAUCGAAGUCAUUAAGUCUAAAGGAUCAGGAUCCCCUCAAAGACUUUUUAAAACAAAUUGCUAUAUUCCACCCCUAGAUUUUUUGAUUUAGUGGGUCUUGCUUGAGUGAGGACCUUGAAUUUGCAUCUCAAGUUCCCAGGAGACACUGAUGCUCCUGGUCCUCUUUAAGGGGUCCUCUUUAAAGGGCUACCUCUUUAAGAACCACUAAUUUAAGUUACCUCUGAUGUUUUUCCUAUUUUGAGCAUUCAUGCUUUUAUAAGUAAUAAUCAUUUAUUCAAUGAAUACCGCUUUAGGUACUGUGUAUCUUCAAUCCUCACACUAGUCUUUUAGGGUGUAUAUAAUGAGUGUGGAUGUAUAUGUAGGUGGGUAUUGUGAUUGCUUGAAAAUAUAUGUGAGUGUAUCUCACAUUUACUGAACCCUUAUGUGCUGUGUACUUUAUGCAGAUUAUCUUUGAGGUUGGUGGUAGUAUCCUGGUUUUACAGAUGGAGAAACAGAUUUGGAAAGAUGAAGUGAUUUUCUAGGGUCACACAGAUAAUAAAUGGCAUAUCUUUCUCCCACUGCUUCUCUGGGUAUCCUAAAAUAGAUGUCUAUGGGAACUCAGAGCAUUCUUAGCAUUUCAUGUACUUUUCUGAAGUGUAUCAGUUUCACUCCUACAGUU